CCUGAGCCCGAGCUGGAGCUGGAGCUGGAGCUGGAGCUGCAGCCCGAGCCCACGGGAACCACGGGAGCCACGGGAGCCACGGGGCCUGAACGGGACCCAAGCAAGGAGCCGGCGGAGCAGCGGCAGCGCCGUGCAGGCUGCCCCGGGUGGGUGACCCCACACCUCUUCCCUCCUUGGCACCAUGUCCGGCACUGUGGAGACACUACGGUUCCAGCUGCUGCCCCCUGAACCAGAUGAACCUCUCUGGGGCAUUCCCUGUGAGCAACCCCUGGAGCGGAGGUACCAGGCGCUGCCCUCCCUCGUCUGCACUAUGUGCUGCCUCUUCGGUGUUGUCUACUGCUUCUUUGGUUAUCGCUGCUUCAAGGCUGUGCUUUUUCUCACGGGACUCCUGUUCGGUUCAGUGGUCAUCUUCCUGCUCUGCUACCGAGAGCGGGUGCUGGAGACGCAGCUGAACGCUGGGGCAAGUGCGGGCAUUGCCCUGGGCAUUGGCCUGCUGUGCGGGCUGGUGGCCAUGCUGGUGCGCAGCGUGGGGCUCUUCCUGGUUGGGCUGCUGCUCGGGCUGCUGCUGGGGGCAGCUGCCCUGAUGGGUUCUGGCCCCUUCUACCAGCCGGGCUCGGUGUGGGGGCCCCUGGGGCUGUUGCUGGGAGGGGGCUUGCUGUUCGCGUUGCUCACGCUGCGCUGGCCUCGCCCCUUCACCACUCUAGCCACUGCCGUAGCCGGGGCUGCCCUCAUUGCCGCUGCCGCCGACUACUUUGCAGAACUGUUGCUGUUGGGCCGCUACGCUGCGGAGAGGCUCCGGGCUGCUCCGGUACCUCCACUUUGCUGGCGGAGCUGGGCCCUGCUAGCCAUCUGGCCUCUGCUCAGCCUGAUGGGCGUCUUGGUACAGUGGAGAGUCACAGCUGAGGGGGACUCACACACGGAGGUGGUGAUUAGCCGGCAGCAGCGACGGGUACAGUUGAUGCGAAUUCGGCAGCGUGAGGAGCGGAAGGAGAAGCGAAGGAGGAAGAGACCCCCUCGGGCUCCUUCUCGGGGCUCCCGGCCCCCACCAAAACCUGGCCCUCCUGACUCUGGCUAUAGGCGAAGGCCUGUGCCCGUCAAACGUUUCAAUGGAGAUGUGCUCUCCCCUAGCUACAUUCAGAGUUUUCGGGACCGGCAGACAGGGAGUUCUCUGAGCAGUUUUGUGGCACCCCCAGUAGACCUGGAUUAUGAAUGUGGUUCCACAGUGCCGUUGACAGCUGGCUCAGGACCCCCUGUUCGAGUAUAGCUAACCUCCGUCUGGUCAGAGGAUACCCUGAGACUUGACUCUGGAUACAGACACUGACUCUGCCAGUUGGGGGUGUGGGUGGGGGGUUAGCUUUGUCCUUGUUCCAUGGACUGGGCCAGAACCAGGACUUCCUUCCCUUCCCGAGGGCUGGCCCUGACCAGAGCUCCCUUGGGGAUCUAAGAUCCAUCAGCCUGAGGGUAACCUACAAUGACCCAUCCCUCAGGGGCUACAGAGAGUGCACUUGGCCGGUAUGAGCCCCCAAAGGAAAAGGAUCUGCCUUUGGGGCUGAACUCAGGAGUCGUGUGUUUGUAUGUUGGGUGGGUGGGUGGGUGGAGGGGACACAUCAGCCCCCUUGCCUUAGAUCUCUGGUGUAUAGGGCUUCCUUCCCCUGGGACACAGCUUUCUCUCUCUCAAUGUUUUUGGUCCCAAGGGCCAUCCCCCUGCAUGCCUAUGUUGGUGGGGAAGGCCCACCCUGUCAUCUUAUCCCCAACCCAUUGGCUGGGGCUGCUUUCUGCACAGGCUCUUCAUUCAGGCUGCAUCCCUUUCAUCUGGGGGCAGGGGGCACUGCAAUGGCCUUUGCCCCUGUGUCCCCCACCCCUCCUCAUCCUCUGCUAGAUGCCAGCUUCAGUGGUGUUUGGUGGAAGGUGGGGAGGGGUCUUUGGAAUUGCCCAGGGUGGAGUGGAGGGAGGGAAUGGGGGAGGGUAUG